AUGUGCGACACCCACAUACACACGUACAGAAUAUACACAUUGUUUGGAAUAAGAAAUCAAUGCAUUAACAAAUUAAAUGGCUCACUGGGAGAUUCUUCCACUAAGACCAGCCACAAGUUAACUGAUUCUUCCACCAAGUCCAGCCACAAGUUGACUGAUUCUUCCACCAAGUCCAGCUACAAGUUGACUGAUUCUUCCACCAAGUCCAGCCACAAGUUAACUGAUUCUUCCACCAAGUCAAGCCACAAGUUGACUGAUUCUUCCACCAAGUCCAGCUACAAGUUGACUGAUUCUUCCACCAAGUCCAGCCACAAGUUGACUGAUUCUUCCACCAAGUCAAGCCACAAGUUGACUGAUUCUUCCACCAAGUCCAGCCACAAGUUGACUGAUUCUUCCACCAAGUCCAGCCACAAGUUGACUGAUUCUUCCACCAAGUCCAGCCACAAGUUGACUGAUUCUUCCACCAAGUCCAGCCACAAGUUGACUGAUUCUUUCACCAAGUCCAGCCACAAGUUGACUGAUUCUUCCACCAAGUCCAGCAACAAGUUGACUGAUUCUUCCACCAAGUCCAGCCACAAGUUGACUGAUUCUUCCACCAAGUCAAGCCACAAGUUGACUGAUUCUUCUACCAAGGCAAGCCACAAGUUGACUGAUUCUUCCACUAAGCCCAGCCACAAGUUGACUGAUUCUUCCACCAAGUCCAGCCACAAGUUGACUGAUUCUUCUACCAAGGCAAGCCACAAGUUGACUGAUUCUUCUACCAAGGCAAGCCACAAGUUGACUGAUUCUUCCACCAAGUCCAGCCACAAGUUGACUGAUUCUUCCACCAAGUCCAGCCACAAGUUGACUGAUUCUUCUACCAAGUCCAGCCACAAGUUGACUGAUUCUUCUACCAAGGCAAGCCACAAGUUGACUGAUUCUUCCACCAAGUCCAGCCACAAGUUGACUGAUUCUUCUACCAAGUCAAGCCACAAGUUGACUGAUUCUUCUACCAAGGCAAGCCACAAGUUGACUGAUUCUUCCACCAAGUCCAGCCACAAGUUGACUGAUUCUUCCACCAAGUCCAGCCACAAGUUGACUGAUUCUUCUACCAAGUCCAGCCACAAGUUGACUGAUUCUUCUACCAAGGCAAGCCACAAGUUGACUGAUUCUUCCACCAAGUCCAGCCACAAGUUGACUGAUUCUUCUACCAAGGCAAGCCACAAGUUGACUGAUUCUUCUACCAAGGCAAGCCACAAGUUGACUGAUUCUUCCACCAAGUCCAGCCACAAGUUGACUGAUUCUUCCACCAAGUCAAGCCACAAGUUGACUGAUUCUUCUACCAAGUCAAGCCACAAGUUAACUGAUUCUUCCACCAAGUCCAGCCACAAGUUAACUGAUUCUUCUACCAAGACCAGCCACAAGUUGACUGAUUCUUCCACCAAGUCCAGCCACAAGUUGACUGAUUCUUCCACCAAGUCCAGCUACAAGUUGACUGAUUCUUCCACCAAGUCCAGCCACAAGUUAACUGAUUCUUCCACCAAGUCAAGCCACAAGUUAACUGAUUCUUCCACCAAGUCAAGCCACAAGUUGACUGAUUCUUCCACCAAGUCAAGCCACAAGUUGACUGAUUACUCCAGUAAAGCUACGUAUGAUUCGCACAGUCAAUCCUGA